AUGAGCAUCGAGACCUGCGAGACUAAGUGUCAAAAACCUGUGUAUCCAGGUCUUUUUCUUCGAGGAGAAAAACCCAAAAGGCCAACCAUAAAACUACAAAAAAAGUCACCCCAAUGUGUUCAAGAUGUCGAGGCUUUUCCAAAAGUACAGUGGGUGUCAAGACAAGAAGAGAUAAGUGAGGAUUGUUUGUAUCUCAAUAUCUGGGCACCGAAAACACCAACUCUUAAACCUGUUCUUGUCUGGAUUCACGGUGGAGGGUUCAACACAGGCUCAUCCACCAACGAUAUCUAUGACGGAACAACACUAACAGCUUUCGGGGACGUUAUCGUUGUGUCCAUGAAUUAUAGAAUUGGAGUGUUAGGAUUUUUCAGUGCAGGAACGGAAGAUGCACCAGGAAACAUGGGUUUGCAUGAUCAAUACCUUGCACUUUUAUGGGUUAAAAAUAAUAUUUUUGCCUUUGGAGGCGAUCCUGAUAAAAUAACGAUAUUUGGAGAAAGUGCAGGAGCUGUAUCCGUAAGUCUGCACUUAGUGUCACCACAGAGUCGUGGGCUGUUUAAUCGAGCUAUACUUCAAAGUGGAAGUUUUUACCAUCCACUCACAGAUGCUAACCCAACCUUGAUUAUUGUAAGAGGAGAAAUGUUUGCUAGGUCUCUAGGAUGUGCUGAUGAAAAUACAUCUUUAAUAAACGAGCCAAAAAAUGUAGUUCACUGUCUUCGUAAAUUGAGUAUUCAAAAGCUGAUAAAAGAAGAAAGUAAGCUGAUAAAAGAAAUUGCAGUUAGUUUUACACCAACCUACGGAGAUGACUUUCUUCCCAUAAAUUCCUUAGAAGCACUGAAUAACGAAGAUUUGAAUACAGUGGACUUGCUUAUCGGUAACAAUAGGAAUGAGGAUUCAAUAUUUACAACUCUUAAUUCCACAAUUUCCCAGUGA